AUGGCCACUCUUACUGAUCUGCCCCCAGAAAUCCUAGAGCAGAUCUUCCAUUUCCUAGGAAGCAUCGACGACGUUCACCAUCUUGGGCGCACAUGCACCAAAACCCACCAUGUCAUCAAAAAACGCAACAUCUAUCUCGAGAUUAUGCGCUCGAUUAUCUACUUCAACCCCCAACACCGCUACGACUUCCAGCUCAACAGAGCCCUGUUCCUCCAUUCCAAAAUCGUUGGACACUUUCAACACCACGUGGAACUCCAAGAGGAAGACUUCCUGUCUGUAGAUCAUACCUCGGAUGCUCAGCGGCUCGUGCAUCGAUUCAAAACGGUCGUUGGCCGUGGCGAUGAGUUCACAUACGACGAUAUGCCUCCACGCAAUCCGGAAACGCCACACACCUGGGGUUAUCGCAGUCUCAACGCCGAUCAGAGGGGACGAUUCUAUGCCGCGGUGGUGUGCGUCUGGCUUCUCAACGAGAUCAGAUGGGUGUUGACCCACUUUAGCUACCCGGCGAACUUCACUAUUCAGAUCGGAAUAUUGGAGUCGUGCAAGAGCAGGAUUGUAGCAGAAAAAGAUAUCCCACUGCUGGAUGAACUGGACCGUCAUGCUGUAUUUGCUUUCAUGUAUCAGCAUGUACUUCCACUCCAUGCCCUAUACUUCGCCGACGCCAGUUCUUCGCACCUACCCUUCACAUUCGUCUCCGACUUCUCCAAGGACAUGGCUCACUGUCCUAGACUACUCCAACUCUUCCUAAUGUCCGGUCAAACCUACUUUCAACCCCCCGACCUAAUCGACCUCAUCGUCCGCUCCAAGGCAUCCCGCCACCGACCUUACACCCACCUCCACACACCCUGCUCAACCAUACUAUGGAGACACCCUCGACGAACUCAUUUCCAGCCCUACAAUGACCUCUGCAAUGAAACCAACAAGGCGCAUGUUCAGCAUAAUUCGACACGGCAUCUCACGCUCAUCACGCGCUCUUCCUUCCACCAAUCGCGCUGGGAUAUGAGUCAAGGACUUAUUAGAGCUCCGGCGCUUGGCGAGGCGUUGUUCAGAGUACCGGAUCACGCGAAGCGGUACUUUUAUGAUCGCGCUAUGGUGGCGUUUGAGAUGUGGGAGACGAAGCGGACGGGGUUGAAGGAUAUACGGACUGUGUUUCCUAAGAAGUGGGAGGAGAUUAGGUGGUGCAUUUGGUGGUGGGCGGGUAGUGAAGAGAAGGCGAGGAUGAAGAUGGAGAGGUUGAGGGAGACGGUGGGGUCGCAGUAG